AUGAAUCAUGAAUUUUAUUGAUUUUGUGUUCUUUGACUGUUACCACUUGUCCUAAGUGGUAACUGAGAUGAUGCAUUUCAGUACACCCAUGACAGCAGUCUGACAUUUCAGGGACACUCCUGCUGAAUUAGUGGCUAUGAGCUCUUUUUCUAUGAAAAAUCAGAAAUUAUUUCCGGAAAUACGGUUAAGGCUUCAGUAUUCGUCCUCAAAUCUAAAACAACCAACCCAUAUGAUGCUUCCGGUCAAUUUGCAAACAAGAUUCUUCCUAUAACCAUAAGUGGCUACUCUGGAUUCAGAGGUUUGCAAGCUUACGCUGAUACAGGAGCCAACAAAUUUAUUGUUGUGGGUCAGCACAUUUACGAAUCAAAGUUUUUUCCAGCAUUCUGUGCAAUCACUCCUGGGAACCCACCUUCCUUUGAAGUGAAGUAUAUCCCUCUUGAAACAAAUUCUGACGAUGGUCUGACUACAAGGCGAGAAACUAACGUUAGACUACUUAAACCGUUCACAUCAAUUGGACAUUUUUGAAUCUUCCAUUUCGCAGGACAUCUAUAUCCUUCUACAUAUGAAAAUAUGUUCAUUAACAAGGUAAAUACAUCAACCUUGCAAACUGAUGCGGCUUCCUAUCUAGUAGGUUCUUACAAUGACGGCACUAAUAUUGAAGGAACCAAAUUCAUCCCAAUGGUCUUGGCAGGAUCCAUAAUUCUGUCUGAUAACACUAUAGUGUCACUAUCCUAUAUUUCGCCUGGCUCUAAUUCAAUCUAUUUUCCUGCAGGUUUUUAUAUCUGGAUCGGAAAUUUUACUCAUAAAACCCAAGAGCUAACCGCUAUACAAAGUCAAAAUUUCAACUUUGCCGGUCUUGAUGGAGUGAACACACCAAGUGGAGAAAGAGCACUGAUAUAUGGAAGCAUUUGGUAUUCUUCUGAAUCAGUUCACCAACUCUUUUACACUCUCAUCUCACCAGUUGAUAAUAUUGGCAAUUCUUCUGUGGUCUAUUCAAUGUCAAGACUAACAACAUCCGACGGAGAGGUGUUUUUCUAUCAAAAUGAUAAUGCAGAAGGCUUUCUCGUUACUAAAAGUCAAAAUAACGUGAUUUUGAGAUUUAAUAUCUCUGAUGGAGCAGAAAUUAAUGUUUAUUAUUCAUCAGUAUUACAUGGAGACUCAUUUAUAUCAUCCUACAAUUCAACUCUGUACUAUCACAGGGUAGCUAUGGAUCCCUACAUAGUGUCUAAAUUUUCAGAAUCAGAUGGAAACUCUUGACUUGGGCAAUGGGUUGUCCAUCCUUCAACUGGUACAGCCCAAUUAAAUGAAGAUCGAUUUUUCUAUGAAUCUCCAAGAUCAAUAGAUAUCGGCCCAGUAUCAACAAUGUAUGCUACUUUAUCUGUAGGUUAUGCUAUAAGUGAUUAUCAAGAAGUUGGCCUAUAUCAAGAAUAUUCUUGAGGCUCUUACUCAGAAGUGUCCCCUAACCCAUUAGCAACUGAGAUUGAUUCUUUUAAUAAAAGUUGAGCUGAAUCAAUAGAAACAUCGAGGGCCUUUGAUAUUGCCAUUGAGAGUAAAUAUAGCGCAACUUGAACACUCAAUUCUACUCAAAUGUUUGCUAGAAGCGUAUUUUAUACCAAUAUAGUGUGGGAUAGCUCUGAUAAUCCAGUAACAUGGGCCUCAAUAUCUCCAGAAGGUGCCUUUGCAGUUUCUAAUAUUCCAUGAAGCAUUCAAGGAGUUAAUAUAGUGAAAUUCCUUACUAACAUUGGAGAGAUCGGAGAGUAUAAUAUAACAGUUCAAAUAAAUGUAACAGGACCUCCACCUCAAAUCAAUCAAACUGUUGUAGACCAACAAACAACAGCUUUGAACACAGAUAUAACUUAUGAUGUUUCUCAAAUGUUCAAGAAUCUUGAUGGGCAUCCUUCUGUACUCGUAUACUCUGCUACUCUUUCUGAUGGAAGUCCAUUACCUUCUUGGGCCAUCUUUGAUGCAAGUACUAAAGUGUUCAUCUUUGAUGCUAGUGCAACUAAUACAGCAACUAUAAAACUGAUUUGAACAAAUGAUUUGAACUAUAAUGCAACCCAGGAAUUCAUAGCAAGUAUCAUAAAUAAUCUUCCUCAAGUGGUUUCACCAAUGGGAACAGUUACUCAUGAAGAUAAUAUUACCUUCACAGAAACAUUUAAUUUGACUGAAGUAUUCAAUGAAGUAGACCCUAAUCAAGUACUAACUUAUCAAAUAGUUUCUAGUCCAGCUCCUCCUUCUUUUGUGUCUGCAACUAUUUCUACAAAUAAUAUUUUGACUGUGUCUGGUUGUGCAAGUGUUUCUGACGUUGGAGGCACGCACAGAGUGCAAGUUAAUGCUUUAGAUGGAUUUGAUUUAAUUUCAGAUAUACUAACUAUAGUUAUUACUGAGAACAAGUCCCCUAAUAUACCUUCUGGAAUUCAAACUUCUCUAAUUGGAUAUGAAGAUACUCCAAGUUUCACUACAUUUCCUGCUUUUACAGAUGAUGAAGGAAACCCAAUUAGCUAUAAUGUUAUUAAUGCAGAUGGAAGUGCACUUAAUAAUUCUUGGAUUAACUUUGAUCCAACUACAAGGAACUUAUCAUACACUCCAUUUGGAGAUCUCUUUGGUCCGAUUAUGCUCAAGUUGAUUGCUAGAGAUGACUACAAUGAUCCUGUCGUAGUUGAUAUUACUCUUCAGCUCAAUUAUAGACCAAGAGAUAAUCCAAUAAUUUUGGAUAGAAAUGGAGAAUUUAUGGUAAAAGAAUUUUCUUAUUAUGAAAUUCCUAAUACAAUUAUUUCACAUUAUGAGCCGAUCUCAACCUAUUGGGUGACACUUAAUGAUGGAUUUACUCCACCUCCAUCAUGGCUCACGAUUUCAGAUCCCCAUUCAAGCGCUAGUGGCAAUUUUGAAUUUUUUGGAACUUAUCCAACUAGUACUCAUGAAGUUAUUAUUUUAAGAUUAUAUGCAAGGGAUAGUUUGAACCGUGAGGGUUUUGCAACUAUCACAAUAGAGUCGAAAUUUUACUGCCACAACAGUUGACAAACCUGAAAUGGCCCAGAUAUUGAUGACUGCUUGGCAUGCCAACCUGAGUAUUUUAAAUAUCAAACUAUGUGAAAAACAGUGUGCCCAGAUGGGUAUUAUGGUGAUACAUCAGAUAAUUCGUGACAGCCUUGUAAUUCAGCAUGAGGAAAAUGAACUGGCCCAACCGACUUAGAUUGUACAGAAUGAAAAUCAAACUCAACGCAUUUAUAUUCUGAAUAUAAUGGUCAGUGAGUAGAUCCUUGUCCUGCUAAGCUGUAUAAAAAUGUUAACUCAUUAAAAUGAGAAGAGUGCCAUCCAUUCUGAUUGAGUUGAUAUGGACCAUUAUCAACACAAUGAACUGCCUGAAAUACCAAUAAUAGAUAUGUUCUUACAGAUCCGAACACCUGAAUGUAUUUAACCUGUCCUGAGCAAUACUAUUAUGAUAAAACAAGCCAGGAUUGCCAACCUUGUCACAAGAACUGUAAGGAAUGUAGUGGGCCAAAUAGUGAAGAAUGUCUUAGUUGCCCAUUUUCAAGAUUUCUUAAUCAGCCAACAGGCACCUGUCUGUUAUGAACAGAGAUUAACUCAGGCCUCUAUUUUGAAUCUCUUUCAAAUACAUGUAUUGAGCAAUGUGGCAAAGGUUACAAUCUUGGGUUUAUCGAAUGUGAUGACGGAAACAAUGCUGAUGGAGAUGGAUGAAGUAGCCAAUGAACAGUGGAAACCAACUGGAGUUGUGACGGAGGAAAUCAAUACAGACCAGACUUAUGUGCCAGUGUUAUUGUACCAAUAGCAGAGCUUGCAUCUAUUAAUCAAUAUAGCUCAUUAGCUUCUGUUUUAUUAAACGAAAAAGUAACAUUUGGAGAAUAUAAUGAAGGAGAUAUCUCAAUUGAUAUUGAAGGACCUCUUGCUCCUUAUGAAUUCAAAUUCUAUAUAAACCCAGCUACAGACUAUGUGCCUGGAGAAAUAAACAUCAAGUUUAAAAUACAGUUUGAGUUUUUAUCAAGUCUGCUUGGGGAUCACCAUGAGACUAUAAUUGUCACGUUCAAUAAUCCAGAGAUGUUCAUAGACUUAGAUGGAAAUUCUUUGUCUAACAAACAAACCACUAUAACAAUCCCAUUCUUUAAACAAGUUUUAUCAGAAGAGGAAAAGAAGGCUACUAAUACACAAUCGGGAGCAAGCAUUUUGAGCUUAUUACUUGCCUUUGGAUCUAGCACUGCUAUUUCUGUAAUUUUUGGAAGUAAAAUUGAAGCAACUUGGCUCCUCUUUGGAUGCAUCCAGUUGAUGUCAUUUGUACCUUUAUUCAACGUAAAUUUACCAGGAAACUUCAGAGAAUUUUCUAAAAAUUUAGCAAUUCUUCAUGGUGAACCUGGAGGUAUUCCCAACUUAUUUGAGAGCACUGUCAAUACUACUGGGUUGCAGCCAUUCAAUAAAUAUUUUGAGACAAUGGGAUUCAAAACUGAGCUUUUGGUUAUGAAUUCAGGAAGAAAAAUUGAGCUAUGGAUCAUCAUGUUCUUCUCCAUGGGGAUUUCAUUCAUUCUCUUUGAUCUGUGGUCUGAAUCUAGAAUAGGGAAAAUAGUCAGGAUGAUAGACACUAAAAUUCGAUAUGGGUUCCUUAUUAGAAGUGUAUCUCAGUUCUACUUGAGCUUGUUUCUUUGAUCUGUAUUGAACCUCUAUAUUAUUUCAUGGAGUGGGACCAAUGUUAAUUAUUUUAACAAUUUCUGAGCUCUAGUGGGGAUGUUUGCAGUAAUCUAUGUUCCAAUAAAGUCAUUCAAUAUUAUCUACAAAGCAGGAGAUUUGAACUCUAAAACUUUCAAGAAGAGAUAUAAGACCAUCAUCUCUGGUCUAAAAACUUCAGGCCCAAUGUGUUUUCAGUUCGUCAGUAUUUUCUAUUUUAGAAGAGGAGUGUAUGCAUCAAUUCUAGUUCUGCUGUAUUCUACUCCUCUUCUUCAAAUUAUGAGCGCAUCAAUACUCACAGUAGCAAUGGCAUGAUAUCUGAUCAUUGUAAAACCAUACGAGUCAUCACUAUCCACUUUCCUUAGCAUCAGCAAUGAAUUCUUACUGAUCCUGAUGAUUUUUGGAUCAUUUAGAUUCGUUAACCCAGUAAUGACUCCAACUGAGAGUAGAAUUAUCGGGAAAGUAUUCAUUGGAGUCUUAAUCUCCACCAUCUUUCUAAACUGGGCGAGCAUUAUUUUCCAAGGAAUCAAAACAUUCUUACAAAACAAACGAAGGAAGAAGAAGAUCGACCAUAUUAUGAAGUUAAAGGAAGCUAAUGAUUGGUACUCUGUGAAAUCGAUCACAAAACUGAAGAGCAACAGCUCUUAGUGAAUAAUAUUUGUACUGAAUUAUUCUAUUGAA